AAAAAACACAAAAACACCAAAUUGGACUGUUGGGUCCGAUUUUACUCAUCCAUAGGUAACAGAUAGACGCCAAACUACAAGUUAGCCGAAAAUUACAAGGACGUCCUUGCAAAAUAUCUUAUUAUCAUUAUCCACCCGCUCUUUGCCCUUGCCAUCGAAACCAAACCCUACUGUCGUGUUUCCAAAGAAAACUGGUCCGAAUAAGAAAAGCUACAAAGAGAAAUCCGCAAGAAAAAAAAUCAAAAACUUAUACGAAAUGUCUGGAAUGGAAAGAUUGCACCGGAUGUUCGCCGGCGCCGGCGGUGCCCUCGGCCAUCCUCCGCCGGACUCACCAACCCUUGAUUCAUCCGAACAAGUGUACAUCUCAUCACUUGCUCUUCUCAAGAUGCUGAAACACGGUAGAGCGGGGGUGCCGAUGGAAGUUAUGGGUCUGAUGCUGGGGGAGUUUGUGGACGAGUACACGGUUCGUGUGGUGGACGUUUUCGCUAUGCCACAGAGCGGGACUGGGGUCAGCGUUGAGGCAGUAGAUCACGUUUUCCAGACUAAUAUGCUCGACAUGCUCAAGCAGACGGGCAGGCCUGAGAUGGUAGUUGGUUGGUACCAUUCACAUCCAGGAUUUGGAUGCUGGCUGUCAGGUGUAGACAUCAACACUCAGCAGAGUUUUGAAGCUUUGAAUCAGAGAGCAGUGGCUGUGGUUGUGGACCCCAUUCAGAGUGUGAAAGGGAAAGUGGUAAUAGAUGCCUUCCGCCUCAUUAACCCUCAGACCAUGAUGCUUGGUCAAGAGCCACGGCAGACAACUUCCAAUUUGGGACAUCUCAAUAAGCCAUCUAUCCAAGCCCUAAUUCAUGGUUUAAACAGGCAUUAUUAUUCCAUAGCCAUAAACUACAGGAAGAAUGAGCUGGAGGAGAAGAUGCUUCUGAACCUUCACAAGAAAAAAUGGACUGAUGGUUUGACCCUCCAGAGGUUUGACACACACUCCAAGACAAAUGAGCAGACCGUCCAGGAGAUGCUAAACCUAGCUGUUAAGUAUAAUAAAGCAGUCCAGGAGGAGGAUGAGCUGCCACCCGAAAAACUCGCGAUUGCUAAUGUGGGAAGACAAGACGCCAAGAAACAUCUUGAAGAACACGUCUCGAACUUGAUGUCCUCAAACAUCGUUCAGACGUUAGGGACAAUGCUCGACACUGUUGUGUUUUGAUAUUUCUGUUCUCAAUAUGGCCUAACUCGUGUAUGUCAUUUGGUAAACUUUUUGCGGUUUCAAUUUGAUGUCUCUUUCUCAUGUUUUCAUGUGGAAAUCACUAUUUGGUAAUUUAGAUAUGUAUUUCAUGUUGAAUAAUUAAUUAUUUAUUGUGCUUCUGUGGCC